AUGUCAUCUACUUCAAGCUCUGCCGACAGUUAUUUGGGCGAUGGGAGCGACCGAGUUAGUAUGGAAAAUUUUGACCUGUUAAAGGUUCUUGGCAAAGGCGCCUACGGGAAGGUGUUUAUGGCGAGGAAGAUAGGUGGCCGAGAUCAUGGAACAAUCUAUGCUAUGAAAGUGCUCAAAAAAACACGGGUUAUGACGAAAGCCAAAACGCUAGAACAUACAAUGGCUGAACGUCAUGUCCUCGAGCGUUUGAAAGGGCUUCCUUUUCUUGUCAACCUUGUUUACGCUUUCCAGUCUGAUGCGAAGUUGCACAUUGUUAUGGAAGGUUUUAACAUAGAACUGCAGGAUAUUGCUUCGUUUUGUGCGCCGUUGUCAAGAUCUCAUAUUUUUCAUUGUAUAGUCUUAUUGAGUUUUUUCCCAGAAUACGUAAACGGAGGCGAGUUGUUUACUCAUCUUUGUUCUCGUGGUUUUUUCGAUGUCCAUACAGCAAAAUUUAUUAUUGCUGAACUUAUUGUUGCUAUUGAUAGUGUACAUAAGAGGGAUGUGGUUUACCGAGAUUUAAAGCUCGAAAAUAUACUUCUCGAUAAAUAUGGACACAUAAAGCUAACCGAUUUUGGGCUUAGCAAAGAGCUUUCAAAAGAUGAGUUGCACAGAGCAAAAUCAUACUGCGGCACAGUCGAGUAUAUGGCUCCAGAAGUGAUAGAUCGUCCAGAAAAAGGAUACGAUGAAACAGUUGAUUGGUGGAGUUUAGGUGUCAUUUCCUUUGAACUGCUUACAGGUUGCUCGCCAUUUACAGUAGAAGGACAGCAGAAUAGCAGUAAAGACAUUGCUAGGAGGAUAUUACAUAAAAAAGUGCCUUUCCCAAAAGACUUUGAUCCUCUUGCGUUAGAUUUUAUCAGCCGUCUUCUUAGAAAGUCGCCGGAGGACAGGCUAGGUAGGAAGGGCGUUGAAGAGAUCAAAAGUCAUCCAUUUCUUGCCGACAUAGACUGGGAGAAGUGUGAAAAGAAGCUGUUAGAUCCACCAAUAAAACCUAAAAUUUCAAGUGAUCUAGACGCUGCAAAUUUUGCUCCGGAAUUUACCACCCAACAGCCACUAUAUUCGCCUGCCGAUGCGCCUGUUGAUGCCUUCAAUUUAUUCCGUGGUUAUUCGUUUAUAGCUCCUUCGGUUAUAUUUGCAAACAAUAAUAUUAUUGGAGAAGAAUGUCUGGCAGAAGACUUUCAGAAACUUCUUUCUGUUUCUCCCUUCUUUUCUAAAUAUAAACUCGAUAGAAGUGAGGCUGGUUUUUUAGGUCAUGGAUCGUUUUCUAUUUGUAGGAAAUGUGAACGAAUUUCAGACGGAGCCGUCUUUUGUGUUAAAAUAGUAUCGCAGCGAUUUCAAGUUCAGGCUACAAGAGAGUCUCGAAUACUAAGCAUUGUUUGUGGACAUCCAAACAUUGUGAAACUAAUAGAGGUCAUAUCGGAUUCGUUACACAUCUAUCUUGUAAUGGAACUCUUAGAAGGAGGUGAACUGCUGACCCGCAUUAGAAAAAUGGAAACAUUCACUGAAGCACAGGCAGGAAAGAUCAUGAGACAACUUGUCUCUGCAGUCGCCUAUUUGCAUUCUAAAAAUGUUGUGCAUCGGGAUUUAAAGCCUGAGAACAUUCUAUUUGACAGUCAAGAUCAAGACGCGAAGUUACGCUUAGUGGAUUUCGGUUUUGCUAGACUACUACCAUCGGCAAACGCUAGUUUAACUACACCUUGCUUUACACUGCAUUAUGCAGCACCUGAAGUAUUUGAGCAGGACGAUCAGCUGCCACAGUAUAAUGAACAGUGCGACCUCUGGAGUCUCGGAGUUAUUUUAUUUACUAUGCUGAGCGGCAAUGUCCCGUUCCACGCAAGAACGAAAAAUGAGUCAGCAACAGACAUUAUGUCGCGUAUACGAAAAGCCCAGUUCAGUUUUGAUGGCUUACAGUGGAGAGGAAUUAGCUCAGAGGCGAAACAGCUCAUCACUUCUUUACUUACAGUUGAUCCUAAAAAAAGGCUUUCCAUAGACGAGCUUCAGCGUCAUCCUUGGCUUGUGAAUCACGCCUGUUAUUGCGAAACCCCGCUACAGACUCCUACAACUCUUAUGCACUGUCAGACAAGCGAAACAUUCAAUGAGACGCUGAACGCGUUCUUGUCCGCUAAUCGUGAUGGUUUUCAACUGAUGGAAGUAGCUGCCGCACCUCUGUUGAUGAAGCGCAGGGGUUUAAAACGAAAGAGCGAGACCGAAAGAGGUAAUGGAAUAGAUUCAACGAAAAAAACAAAUGCCGUUGUUGGGCAGUUGGAAAGCGUUCCUGAGGGCUCGCGUGACACACUUGUUAGACCUUCCACUUUGACUUUGGAUCCUGUGACGCCUUUAAUGGACUACCGGGAUUCUAAACCGCCUGCACUGCGUAACACUCGCGAGUUCUUAUAG